AUGAUAGCGGAGUCUGUUCAAGAGGUUGAUAAUAGCACAAGCAAUACCUAUGAGCAAAUGGUAAUGGAUGCAGCAGGUCCUGAUUUCUUUCAGGAUGUAAUGGAGGAGCCUCCAAAUCCAUCAGCUCAAAAAUUGUAUGACAUGUUGCAAGCUGUUAAUCAAGAGGUGUGGCCAGGUUGUGAAAGCCAUUCGCAGCUCUCAGUUGUUGCAAGGAUGUUGAACAUCAAGGCAGAACAUCAUUUGUCAGAAAGGUGUUUUGAUGACAUUUGUCAACUUAUGAAAGAGAAGUUGGUUCAAGCAUUGGGCCUACCUGUUGAGAAGAUUCAUUGUUGUACUAAUGGAUGUAUGUUAUAUUGGGCUGAAGAUAGUGAGUUAACGAAUUGCAAAUUUUGUGACCAUCCACGGUUCAAACGACAUAGUCGAGGCUCUUCUAAUUUUCAAACCAAUGUGCCACAUAAGAAAAUGUACUACUUUCCUCUCACACAGAGAUUGCAAAGAUUAUAUGCUUCGAAUGCAACAGCAAAAGAAAUGAGAUGGCAUGCUGAGCAUGACCAUGAAGAUGGGGUAAUGUGUCAUUGUUCAGAUGCAACUACAUGGAAGCAUUUUAAUAAAACACAUCCUUCAUUUCUUCUUGAGGUUCGGAAUGUAAGGCUAGGACUGUGCACCGAUGGGUUUCAACCAUUCGGUCAGUCUGGACAACAAUAUUCAUCUUGGCCAGUCAUUGUCACUCCUUACAAUUUGCCUCCUUGGUUAUGUAUGAAGGAAGAGUAUAUGUUCCUAACGGUACUAGUUCCUGGUCCGAGAAACCCAAAAGACAAAUUGGAUGUGUACUUACAGCCCCUUAUUGCAGAGUUGAAACAGUUGUGGGAAGUUGGAGUUGAGACAUAUGAUGCAUCAAAGAAGAAUAAUUUUAAUAUGAGGGUUGCGUUAUUAUGGACAAUAAGUGAUUUCCCUGCAUAUUCAAUGUUAUCCGGUUGGAGCACAGCAGGCAAGACUGCUUGUCCAUAUUGUAGGGACGAUUCAGAUGCAUUCACAUUGACAAAGGGUGGUAAACAAUCAUGGUUUGACAAUCACCGUAAAUUCUUACCAGCUAACCAUCCUUUCAGACGGAAUAAAAUUGCUUUUAGAAAGAACAAGACAGUUACAAAAAGUGCUCCCCCCAUUCUAUCUGGUGAGGAAAUUUUAGAACAAAUAGAACAUCUAGGAUUAAUGUGUGUCACAGAUAUGGGUGCAGAUGAGAAUAACAGUUGCAAAGCAAAAAACACGGGUUGGAAGAGACGGAGCAUUUUUUGGGAUUUGCCAUAUUGGAGUACUAACAUGCUUCGCCACAACUUGGAUGUCAUGCAUAUAGAGAAAAAUGUAUUUGAAAAUAUUUUUAAUCUUUGA